AUGGACACCGCUCAAAAUUCAGUCCCUGCCGAUCAAUUUCUUAUUUUGACCCCCCGACUUAUCCUACUCCCCACCCCUAUCGCGGUGUCCCUGAGCGCAUAUAGAAAGCUAUACGUGGAACUAUAUGCCGAUGCGAAUUUCUGUGGAAUGGGCUUUGGACCCCAUUUCUUGCCUAGGAAAUGGAGUGAUGACGAGGCACGGGAAAUGAUCACGACGCGCGAUAUUCAGCGCUCCUGGGAGAAAUAUUCAAUUGGUAAUUUCGCUGUCGCGCUACGCGAUCAACCAGAUGAGUUCAAUAUCGGCGUACUCAAAGGAAAACCAUUUGAGGAUUUUGUGGGUCCUGAUAUGGCUCUUUUUGAAGAUGUGAAUUUGAAGUGGGUUGGAUAUGCUGGGAUACGUGAUGCGACGACAACUUCCCUUCCGCAUCGGGGAGUCGCUGACACUGCCCUUCCACCGUGGCAGGAGAUGGUGGAGGUUUUAUAUGGUACUUCGCCGGAGUGUUGGGGGAAGGGUAUCGCGAAGGAAGCUGCUGAGGCGGUUAUGAAGUGGGCUACUAAGGAAAGAGGGGUGAGGAGGUUUAUUGCUGAGACUGAGCGAGAUAAUCAGAGGAGUGGCAGGGUUUUGCAGAAGCUUGGGUUCAGUCACAGUGGAACGGAUUAUUGGAAAGAGCCUAGCGAGGUCGAAUGGGAAUGUGUUGUGAGGUAG